AUGGCCAUGGGCAAUGCCACAGCGGCGAUUGAAUUUCUCCUUAUCGGCAUCUCUAACUAUCCUGAAUGGAGAGUCACAUUUUUCACAUUGGUGCUGAUAACUUACCUCAGCACCUUGUUGGGAAAUGGCCUUAUCAUCUUUCUUAUCCAUUUUGACUCUCAUCUCCACACUCCAAUGUAUUUCUUCCUUAGUCACUUGUCUUUCUUAGACCUUUGUUAUGGAACCGUUUCCAUGCCCCAAGUCUUAGUGCAUUGUUUCUCUACCCAUCCCCAUCUCUCUUACCCACGAUGCUUGACCCAAAUGAGUGUCUCUUUAGUCUUGGCCACAGCAGAGUGUCUCUUAUUAGCUGUCAUGGCCUAUGACCGAGUCAUUGCCAUCAGCAAUCCCCUACGCUAUUCUGUGGUCAUGAAUGGUGCAGUAUGUGCCUGGCUGGCUGCUACCUCAUGGGGGACAUCACUUUUGCUCACGGCCAUGCUGGUCUUAUCUUUACACCUUCGCUUCUGUGGGGCUAAUGUCAUCAACCAUUUUGUCUGUGAGAUUCUCUCCCUUCUUAAGUUGGCCUGUUCUGAUACCAGUCUCAAUGAGCUCAUGAUCCUCAUCACUGGUAGCUUUACCUUGCUUCUGCCCUUCGGAUUUGUUCUCCUGUCCUACGUUCGAAUUGCAGUGACUGUUCUGAGGAUUCGCUCAGCACAGGGCCGGUUCAAGGCCUUUUCCACCUGUGGUUCUCACCUGACUGUGGUGACCAUUUUUUAUGGGGCAGCCAUUUCUAUGUAUAUGAAACCUCAGUCCAAGUACUCCUCAGACCAGGACAAGUUUGUCUCAGUAUUCUAUGGGGCUUUGACGCCCAUGUUGAACCCUCUGAUCUACAGCCUAAGGAACAGGGAUGUUAAAGGGGCAGUGAGGAAAGUGAUGGCAAAAAGAGCAUAG